UGUACCGGUGACGUGGUUUUCUUCCAACCGUUGUGGCAUGCACCGAGAGAGAGACGAGCGUUGACGGACGCCUUCACGAUUAGCACGAGUACAAGAAAAUCUGGCAAUUUUGUCUGUGGCUGGCGUCUUUCCCACUCUACUUUCCAACUCCUCAACUCCUUGCAUUGUUGUUAAUCUGAAAAUCUUGAUAAAAAACAAUCCUCCUGCAUGAGAAAAAUCCUUACUUUCCAGCACCAUGAACCCUACGAAAGGCUUAAUCCGAACCCCAACGCCGCUAUUUCGCACUGAAACAAGAAAGUUGGAUCCGAAUAUCAGAUGGGCAUUCCACCUUCACUCGAAAUUUCAUGGUUUUGUGCGCACAAGAUCCUCGAGCGAUCGUCCCCCGGUUGCCCCGACUUCAGUGCCUGCUAUUGCAUCAGAUGUUCGUUCGGGUCUGUCUCAUAGCCCGAAGCAAGAGCAGUUGGAGAAAAUUGAAGUGAAUAUAGAGAAGGUUAUUUAUGGGUGCAGGUUCUUUGCCAUUUUUGCGGUUUGGGGAUCACUGGUUGGGUCUUUCCUUUGUUUCUUCAAGGGGUGUGUGUAUGUUGUAUCAGCAUUCCAAGAAUAUUUUCUGGACCGAGGGAAAGUGAUUGCAUCACUUGUUGAGGCUACUGAUGUCUACCUACUGGGAACUGUGAUGUUGGUCUUCGGCAUGGGCCUUUACGAGCUCUUCAUCAGUAACCUUGACAAAGGAAAAUCCUUGUCAAAUGGAAGAAGUACAUACAGAUCAAAUCUGUUUGGUUUGUUCACUCUCAAGGAACGACCUAGGUGGCUGGAAAUAAAAACCGUGAACGAGCUGAAAACCAAACUCGGCCAUGUCAUAGUGAUGCUUCUGCUCAUCGGUUUGUUCGACAAGAGCAAGAAAGCAGUCAUACAAUCACCUGUCGAUCUGCUCUGCUUCUCUGCAUCUGUGCUCCUCUCCUCCGGUUGCCUCUUCUUACUGUCAAAGCUAAAUUAAUGAAGAACGAAUAUUUUGUGUGUAUAGUUUGAGUAGCCCAUCAUCUCUAGUUAGAAGCUCUUUCAAAAUCCAGCUGGACAUUUGAUAGUUCAGUUUCAUUACCUCUGCUCAGGUCAUGUCUAGCGCUAGUGUACCUCAACUUCGAUGAUAAUGCUAAUAUAUUCUCGUCUCGUGAAGCUUUACCUA